CAUACAAUUCAAUACAAUAGUUAUGGAGAAGAAGAAUAAUAUUGAUAUAAAAACCCACUACAAGAAGCAGCAGAAAAUGGCAGCAGUAAACGCUAAAGCUUCAUCGUCUUCCUCCUUUGCCACUGAUCUAUUUGGUCCCAAAGUUUCCUCGGAAUCCUCGACCUCGUCCUCUGGCCUCUUCGAAUCUGUUUUUGGUCCUUCCUCCAUGGGAUUGGGGAGGCAGUCCACUUAUAAUGGAGUUAUGUAUAGCAAUACUACCAAAAGUGGAACUCCAGAUGGUUCAACUCAAAGAGGGAUGGAUUACAAGAUCAAAAGCUCCAUGUUUGAGGGUGAUGAAAGAGCAGAAAGACCAUGCAAUUUCAGUUCAUCAAUAUACUAUGGUGCCCAGGAAGUUUAUUCCCCAACAACCAACCACACCCCUUGCUCUCAUCAUACUUAUUUCAAGAAAGAGGAAGUAGAAGAUGAUGAAAAUGGGAACAAUUCAAACUGUGCUUCAAGAGGAAAUUGGUGGCAGGGAUCACUCUACUAUUGAUGGAUGAAACCUUAAAAGACAAUCUCACAACAGCAAGGGGCUAGACAACUAACAAUGUCUCAGUUUCUUCCUUUGUUUUCCUUUUUUUUUUUUCCUGCUUUUGAGAAUAAUAUAAGCUAGGCUAUAUACUGCAGACAUCCUUGUACUUAUCCCAUAUAUAUGUCUCAAAUAAAUGGAUUAUGUUAAAAAAGUUGCUACA